AUGCAGCAGUCUGGGGCUCGGCUGCACCAGGCGCCGCUCCAAGCGGCCGAGGGCAUGGACUGCACGCGGCCUACAGCGGUGGAGCAGCGGCGGAGGAUGUCACGGCUACCUGACCUUGUUGUUCCAGGUAACCAGCUGGAGACCAACGUUACUCUUUUUCACGAAGAGACAAAGGUGAAGUUCUCGGAACUGGCUGAGGAGCUUCUGUGGGAGUACAUACACAGUGGUGAGCCAAUGGACAAGGCAGGUGGCUAUGGAAUUCAGGCGCUCGGUGGGAUGUUAGUUGAAUACGUUCAUGGGGACUUUUUGAACGUGGUGGGAUUUCCCCUCAAUCACUUCUGCAAGAAGCUGGCUGAAAUCAACAGUUCAUUGGAAAGCCAGUCUACGGCAAGCAAUGCCACGCCUAGUGGUUCCGUAAACCAGGACAAGAUGAUGGAUGCAGAAAAGGGCCUGAAGUCUGACCAAACUACACCAAUGGAAGCGGAGCCAAAAGGUUUGGGUGCAACGCCACAAAACGCUACCUCUGAGGCACGAGAGUCGGAAGUGCCCGACAGUUUACCAAGGACAUCCGGCCACGUUGAGAUGAAUGAGGGCCUCCUCAAAGUGGCAGAUCUGGUGGACGGUUUCAAAGCGUCAAAGGUGCAGAAAUUACAUUGUGAACAGAAUUUAUUUUGGCCGUCAGAACCUUUUUCCCCCAAGAUGGAAAUAUCAAAUAUUAAAGUGAGAGAGGAGGUGUGUAGGGCAAGUUUGUUUUACGCAGAGGGUGGCAUGUGUCUGCAUUGCGCUGACAGGGAUGUUGGUGGAGGCAGAUACGAUAGUGGCAUUUACAAGACUUUUGGAUAA